AGUUGAGGAGGCAGCCAUAUGAAGCUUUGACCCAUAAUAGAUGCAUCUAAUCACAAGCUCCAAGACAUGGCCACAUGUGUAGGCCAUUGACACAAAUGACUUGCACACUACCCUGUGCUCUCUUCCCCAUAAAUUUGUUGCACUUGCACUACAGAGGAGAAAAAAAAAAGAUCAAAAUAAAUCACUAACAGCUAGCUUCUCUCCACUGUACUGUAUCCCCUCCCACUCACUCUCUCAAACAAUCACUCAGUCACAGCAUACUUCUACACUCAUUCUCCCUCUAAAAUAUCAGACAGCACCACUCUCUCUCUCUCUCUCUCUCUACACACACACACACACAUAGACGUGUGAUGAGAUAUAUAUAGGACAUGGAGAGCAAGAGGAUUUCACCUCUGCAACAAACAGUAGCUGCACAAGAACAAAGGCAGCAGUUUAGAAGCCUCUCCAUGCCCUGGCGGCACAGAGAGUGCACGCAUGCAUGGAUCUAACAAUGUCAACCACGACGAUGUCCACGUCCCCAGCAGUGCUCGACCAUGACCAUGGUCACCACCGCCUCCUCUCCUCAGUCUCACCCCCCACCACCACCACAGACUCGCCGGCAACGGCAAUGCCACCGCGGGCGCCGUCGUCUCUGCCGCCUACUAUCCCGGCCUGCGACCCGCACGACGGGCCAGCGAGCCUGCAGCUCAUCGAGGACCUGACCACCCACGCCGGCGCCAUCCAGCAGCGCGUCCUCAGAGAGAUCCUCGCCAUGAACGCCGGCACCGACUACCUCCGCGGCUUCCUUGGCGCCGGCGCCGAGGGACGCGACGCCGACGAGCUCGCCGCCACGUUCAAGGACCGCGUGCCGGUCGUGGAGUACGAGGACGUCAAGCCGUACAUCGAGCGCAUCGCCAACGGCGCCCCCUCGUCGCUCAUCUCCUCCAAGACCAUCACCGAGCUCCUCACAAGCUCCGGCACGUCCGGCGGGCAGCCGAAGCUGAUGCCGUCCACAGAGGAGGAGCUCGACCGCAAGACCUUCCUCUACAACCUCCUCGUCCCCGUAAUGAACAAGUACGUGGAAGGUCUGGACAAAGGGCGGUGCAUGUACCUGCUGUUCGUGAAGCCGGAGAUCACGACGGCGUCGGGGCUGGUGGCGCGGCCGGUGCUGACGAGCUACUACAAGUCCCGGCACUUCCGGGAGCGGCCGGACAGUCCGUACACGCGGUACACGAGCCCGAACGAGGCGAUCCUGUGCCCGGACAGCGCGCAGAGCAUGUACGCGCAGCUGCUGUGCGGCCUGGCGCGCCGCGGCGAGGUGCUCCGCGUCGGCGCCGUCUUCGCCUCCGCGUUCCUGCGCGCCGUCAAGUUCCUCGAGGCGCACUGGCGCGCGCUCUGCGACGACAUCCGCGCCGGCCGCGUCGACGCGUCCCGCGUCACCGACGCCGCCUGCCGGGACGCCGUCGCCAGGGUCGUGGCGCGGCCGGACCCGGCGCUGGCCGACGCCAUCGCCGCCGAGUGCGAAGGGUCGUCGUCGUCGUCGUGGCGGGGCAUCGUGCGCCGGCUCUGGCCGCGGACCAAGUACAUCGACGUCAUCGUGACGGGGUCCAUGGCGCAGUACAUCCCGCUGCUGGAGUUCUACGGCGGCGGCCUGCCGCUGGUGUCCACCAUGUACGCCUCGUCGGAGUGCUACUUCGGCAUCAACCUCCGGCCGCUGGACCCGCCGGAGGACGUGGCGUACACGCUGCUGCCCAACAUGUGCUACUACGAGUUCAUCAAGGUGGAGAAGGACGGCGAGGAGGCUCGGGAAGACGGGAAGGUGGUCGACCUUGUCGACGUCGAGGCCGGAGGCUACUACGAGCUCCUUGUCACCACGUUCACAGGUCUGUACCGGUACCGCGUGGGCGACAUCCUGCAGGUGUCCGGCUUCCACAACGCGGCGCCGCAGUUCCGGUUCGUGCACCGCCGCAACGUGGUGCUGAGCGUGGACACCGACAAGACCUCCGAGGACGACCUCCUCCGCGCCGUCACCGCCGCCAAGCGCCUCCUGGCGCCUCUCGGCGGCGCCACCAUCCUCUCCGAGUACACCGCCUACGCCGACACGGCCUCCAUCCCGGGCCACUACGUCCUCUUCUGGGAGCUCACGCCCACGCCGCCCAUGCCCGGCGACGGCGACACCGCGGCCCGCGUCAUGGCGGCGUGCUGCGCCGAGGUGGAGGCCGGCCUUGACGCCGUGUACCAGCGGUGCCGGAGCCGCGACCGGUCCGUUGGCCCGCUGGAGAUCCGCGUGGUGUCCACCGGCGCCUUCGACGCGCUCAUGGACCUCUGCGUCUCCCACGGGUCGUCGGUGAACCAGUACAAGACGCCGCGCUGCAUCAAGCACCCCGACGCCAUCGCCGUCCUGGAGGCGCGCGUCGUCGGCAGGUUCUUCAGCGACACCGUGCCGCACUGGGAGCCCUUCAACGUCGUCGACACUGCCGCCGCCGGCGCCGCCGCCACCACCACCCCCAGCCUGAACGAAGGCGCGACGUAAGCAUGAAGCGCACGAGGGGGCGGUAUGCACAAAUUAAUUAAACAAGGGGUUUAAUUCGGUUAUAUAAUAUAAUCAUAAUUGCGUAGAUAUAUAAUUGUUCAUGUGCAUGUCUAGUGUGAUGUUCAGUUCACAGGUGAUCACAUGAGGGGGUACACGAUGUGCGUACGUGUUUGUUACUGUAGUGUAUGUUGUUCCAUUGCAUUUGAGAUUGAUCAUUUGUUUAUGUAUCAACUGGUCAUUGACUCAUUGGCAUUAAUUUUCAUCGAUUGUUAGCAAAUCUUCAGCACAAAUCUGCUGGCCCCUCUUUUUAA